UUUUUUUUUUCAGGUUGCGAUGUCGUGAAAUGAGAAUAUGAAACCGUCAAUAAAUCUUUGACAACAUGGCGGCAAGGAUCUUAUUUCUGCUUCUAGUGCUUCUGGUGACUGCUUUCCCUGGUCGUUGUGCGCACAGACACGGUCACGACAUAUCCACGGAUUUCCCAGAAGUAUUAGAUGUUCAUCGUGAUAAUCGUGAUAACACGACGCAUCAUGAAAAGGAGCGAGGCGGUUGGUCACAAUGGAGUGAGUGGUCACUUUGCUCGAGAACAUGCGACGGUGGUGUAUCCAGACAGCUCAGAACAUGCUCCUCGCCCUCCGGCUGUCGUGGGGAGCCAGUACGAUACAAAAUAUGUAAUAUGCAGCCCUGUCGUGGAAACAUAUCUCUCCUAGAAGAGGAUAUCUGGAGGGAACAGCAAUGUAGCGCUCACGACAACACCCCAUACGGAGGGGAGCUCUUCCACUGGACGGCUCACAGAGACGAUGACGAACCAUGCGCUUUAACUUGCCGUGGAACUCCACAACACUCUGGACAAAACCCCGAACCGACGGUGUCUUUAGAUGAAGAAGAUAGGGUCGUCGUAGCGGUUCUAGCAGCACGGGUAUCUGAUGGUACUCGGUGCAGACCGGGCAGCCUGGACAUGUGCAUCGAUGGGAGAUGCCAGCGAGUUGGCUGCGACCUCCGCGUUGGUUCAACUCGUCGCGUAGACGAGUGUGGUGUUUGUGGAGGAGACGGGUCUUCUUGCUCGCGUCCAAGAUACCAUUGGCUGUCAACGCCCGGGUCACUUUGCUCUGCGACGUGUGGUGGAGGAUAUAAGAUGUCAUUAGCAGUUUGUCGGGAUCGUCUCACGGGUCUCGACGCUCCAGAAGAACUAUGCGACGGUUCAAGCAAGCCAGCAUCUGCCGUGGUACGAUGUAACACACAUCCUUGCCCGUUUAAAUGGUACGUCGGCGAAUGGUCUUUGUGCAGCGUGACGUGCGGCGGCGGAGUGAGAAAUAGGCGCGUGCUUUGUGCGAGAUCCGCGAACAUCACUCGUACGGACACUUACGAUCCAGAAACCAGUUCAGAACCAGGCUGCAUGUCCCCCGCUCCGAGAUCAUCUCAACCGUGCAACGAACAUAAUUGCCCAACGUGGGUCGCUGGACCGUGGUCUGGGUGCUCAGUGUCGUGUGGCGAAGGAGUGCAAGUCCGUGGUGUGGAGUGUACCCCAGCAGGUGGUGGCUGUGACCCAGCUACAAGACCAGAGAUUACCAGACCGUGUUCAACUGGCAUCAGCUGUCCUGCUUAUAGGGAAGCCGAAGAACCUGAGGACGACAUUGAAGACCUUUUACCUGGAGUGGUAUAUCAUACACAGCCUUUAAUACAGCCUUACCCACCUCCGCAAGCAAAAGCUGAACAGCUCAUUGGCGAACCUGAUGUUCCGGUUGAAGCCACCAAUUACAAAAUAUUCUUUGCGUGUGGCUGGUUGUAUGUAAGUUACAUCAAAGACGAUGAUUGGAGUCCGUGCAGCGUGACAUGCGGUGAGGGAUGGAGGAAGAAAGAAGUUCACUGCAAAAUAUUCUUAGAAUUCAGUCGGACGAUUGCAAAGUUACCUGAUAAUAAAUGUAUGGGACCAAAACCAACUGAAGAGACCGAAAGAUGUGUUAUGGAACCAUGCUCAAUGGCUUACGGAACUUCAUUUGGAGAUUCUAGUGCACCAGCAUAUAAUGGGGGUGACAGCAGAUCACUAGUCUUCGGUACAUCGAGCAAUAUUAGAGUGGCACCUGGAUCACCUGGGAAAUCCUAUUCUUGGAAGGAAAAGGGGUAUACCAGCUGUAGCGCGUCAUGUUUAAGUGGAGUUCAGGAACUCAUCAUCCAAUGUGUUAGAGAUGAGGAUGGCAAGAACGCUUCACCUUACAUGUGUGAUCCACACACGAAACCAGAGAACCGAGUCCGAACCUGUAACGAUCACCCGUGCCCUCCUCGGUGGAAUUACACGGAGUUUUCUCAAUGCACCAAGUCGUGUGGAAUCGGUAUUCAGACUCGAGAAGUCACAUGCAUUCACGAGGUAACCCGAGGUGGUACCAACACGGUGGUUGUACCAAACAGUAUGUGUCCACAACCACCGCCACCAGACAGACAAUAUUGUAACGUCCUUGACUGCCCCGUUCGGUGGCACGCUGCUGAGUGGUCUAAGUGCUCCAAGACUUGUGGUGGUGGCAUGAAGCAAAGAGAGGUGGUAUGUAAACAAAUCAUGGCGCAAUCUCACGUGGUGGAACGUCCAGCGUCUCAGUGCAACUCACCACGACCAGCUACCACCAAGUCAUGUAAUAGCCGACCGUGUUUAUUGGAUACGUCAUCUCCAGAAAUAUCUUUGGCGAAUUCUUCGUAUAUACAGCACGAUCCGAAGAAGAAGAAGGUGACCGUAAAAGUUGGCGGAUCAGCGACUAUAUUUUAUGGAACGCAAGUAAAAAUCAAAUGUCCAGUGAAGGGAUACAAUAGGACGAAGAUUCAGUGGGCGAAGGACCAUCAAAUUAUUACGAAGUCGAAGAAAUACAAAAUAUCUAAAAAGGGCGCUCUUCGUAUUACAUCUCUGUCUCUCCGAGACCACGGAGUCUACACAUGCGUGGCGGGAAGAUCAAGUGCUAAUUUAACGCUACUUGUCAAACCGAGACCUGGAGAGUUUCCGUCGAGUGAAGAAAUUGAGAGGCAUAAAGCCUUGGACGAACCAUCGUCGCCACUCUCUGACAGCAGAGCUGAUGGUCGCUAUCGAGCCAUGAUAGGAGGAAGAUCCGACGACCAGUCGCACGAACAACGCCCUCCAGAUCAGAAGAAAAGCUAUAAGAAUCGACAGAAAGGCAAAAUAGAUAAGGUCCGGGACGCACUAUACGGCAACGCUGGUACCACAAGCACGAAAGCCUCGCCGAGCUAUAAUUCACAAGCCCGAGACAUCUACGAUGAAAAUGAGAAGACUGCUGUAUCAUCUCAGAUGCUUCCACCAAAACGAAGCGGUGCCUCCAGGCUUUUGCCGUGUCUGCAUUACCUUGUAAUGCAACUACAGAUGUUUUGGAAUUUUCAGACAAUUGGCAAUUCGAGGGGUCAGAGAAUGGUGGAUCCAAAUAUAAUAUAUCAAAAUUAUGGUACGCCAUCACAAGUACAAGUCGUCAACCUUGAAGAUAAACAAAUAGUCUUUCCAGAAGAUGAUGAUUCUGAUAUAAUUAUAGUCAAUGAGGACUAUAAUAGAAAUACUGUUGAAGAAGCAAGAGUUGAAAGUGUUAAACAAAACAUUGGUGACCUAGUGGAAACUACAACGGAGUCAAAUAACAAGUUUACAGCAUUCGACAUAAAUGAAUAUACAUGGAAGACCACAGAUUGGUCAUCAUGCAAUGCUCCCUGUGGUCAAGUUGGCCACCAAAUAAGGGGUGCCGUUUGCCAUCAUAAAUUACCUAAUCAAACAACUACAGUCGAAAUUGACGAAUGUCUGUCGAGAGGGCUGACACCUCCGACCGUGUUACGUGAUUGCGCCAGCAAUAGCUGUGCUUCAUGGAGGACUGGAUCUUGGUCAGCAGUCAGAUGCUUGGCUUCUGGAAGUGCUAUAGUUCGACGUCGCGUUGAGUGUGUUUCUGACAACGGAACAGUACUGCUCGAUUCAGCUUGUGUGUAUAGUCAACAACCUGAGAAGACUAAGAGAGAAGCCCAAUCUUGUAAACCAGUUUGGGCUGUGGGGCCUUGGAGUAAGUGCAAAGGUCCCUGCGGGCAGGGCUUGCAACACCGCGUGCUGCGCUGCGUGUGGCGCGCGGGCGGCGCGACGCGCGCGGGCCGCCGCGAGCGCCGCGCCGCCGCGUGCGCGCGCGCUCGCCCCGCCGUCGUCAGAACUUGCUCAGACGAACACUGUGCUAAAGAUGGCGUUUGCAGAGACAUGUCGAGGUUUUGCGAAAACGUUCGCGCAAUGAACAUGUGCGCUCUCAGACGUUAUAAGGAGCAGUGUUGCAAGACAUGUGAAGACUAAAUUAGGACAUUUGACUGUGAGAGACUAUGUUAUGUGACUUUCAGUGAAAAGGCUAUUUGCGUCUCGAAACGGGUUUUAUUCUUAUAUGUAAAAAGUUUAGACUGAAAAAGAUCUUAUGUACAUUUUAGUAUUUUUCGUGCGAUUUUUUAGAUAAAUCUUUGAUGUUUAUAAUUUUUUUUUAUUUAAAACGAAAAUAUGUUUUAGUUUCCCUAUAUAUUUUUUUUAAAUAUCGACUGUGACCUAGUAUGUGCUAUAUGCAUAUAAAUUGGAUUGUAUGUCGUUGUGAGCACGAAAUAGUUUCUAGUCGUGAUAGCACUAUAAGAAAUAUGAUCACAUAAAUAAAUAAAAUGUAUAUUUAAUCGAUUAUAAAGUAAUAAAUCGAAUAACAUAAGAAUCGAUUUUCUUAAAGUUGUAUAAAGGUUUUAAAUAGGCCCAUGAGUUUAAAUAACAUAUUCUACACACUUAACGACAAUUUUAGCAAAAUCAAUUCUGUGAAGAAAUUAACAUUCUUUUUAUAUUUAUGAACUCUCAAAUAUUUUUUGUCUGUAUUUUAUUUUAAUUUUGAAUAAACAAACCAUACUUAAGUUCGAGCUCUAAUGAAAAGUGUAAAUUAUUUCAAAUGAUAGAUUAAAUUUAUUUAUGUAUAAGGAACAAAAUAUUUAGUAAAAAUGUUUUGUACUAUAUUAAUCAUAGUUAAUAUGUAAAUAAAUUAAGCAUAAUCGCUACGCUUAACAGAAUGUAAGAAUAUUGCACAAGUACUAGUUAUGCAUUCAAUGUAUAGGAAAAUAAAAAAAAAAAAAUAUGCCAAAUGUAUAAAAAAUACAGUGACGUGAAAAAUAUAUAAAAAAUUUAGCGAAAUUAUUAAAUUCCAUGUGUUGGGUCGGUUAUAUCGAGAGCCUUAUUUUAUUAAAAUCGAUUCGCUCCACAAUCGACUCGCAGCUUUAAAAAGUUAGUCGAAUAGCGCAAUUGAAAAAAUAAAUUAAAAUAUUUAUAAUUAAAAAAAUAUACUUAUACGACACAUCUGAUUAAAAGCAAUAUCGAUACAGCUUAAAACUGUUGUAUAUAUCUAUAUAGUAGUAUUGUGUGUUUGUUACCCGUUCGUGGAAUGGGAGAUAGUGAAGUUGUCGACCAUUUAGUUAGAAAUAUUCGAUUGUUUAUUAUAAAUAUAAUCGUUCAAUGAAUUUAGUACAGCCCGGGCCAAAUAACUAGAAUCAAGAUGGCGCAUGUAUUACAAGCGCGGGAAUAUCGUCACCGCGUUGCCAUGGUUACGCGCGGUGCUACCAACAAAUCGACUAAUGUAAUUUUAGUUAUUUGACGCGUAUUUUAAAUAAAGAUUGACAGUAUUAUAUAGUGAUGUUUGUUGUCAAUUUUUAGAUGUCUACUAUUUAGUUUAUUAUUAAUUCUUAUUUCGCUAAAAAAAGGCUUUAAAAAUAUAUACGAAUCAACUAAAUUAGCUCAGCUUAUAAAAACGCUGAUAGCUCAAAUAUUAAUUAGUGUUUCACAUGUAUAUCACAUCGAUGAUUAACGGAGCUAUUAUGUAAUUAUGUACAAUUCGAUACUUAAAAUCGCCUUCAAUUAAUAAUAUUUAAUUAACCAAAACAACACCACGAUAGAUAUGUUAUUCGCUUUUUUGCACAAAAGAGACAACAAAAUAGAUGAUAUUGCUGUCUCAUUCUAUAACUGCUAUCGAGUAUAGCUGUCAAAUAUACUUCAUAUGGGAUUUGACCUGCAAGAAAGAACUUAGCGGGAACUCGAGAUCUUUAAAACUACGCCCUUACAUGCGAGACUAAGCUGGAAACUUUAAAACAAACUACGUACUAGAACAUUAGCAUUAGUGUUGCAAUACCUUUAGUUUCGCGUACGUAGUUAUUCCCGCUGCGUCUUUUCAGCACAUGUGUAUUAUCCCUAAUACUUAUGUUUCUUAUCUAAAUAUUAUGAUUAUCGUGAUAUUGAUCGUUAAAUAAAAGUGUAUCUAACAGAAAUUAAGCGUAGAUCUGUUUAAAGUAAAUAUAAGAAAUCUUUCAUAUCGAUGAACUGCCAUUUAUAAUAAAUAUUAAUUUCGCUGGAAAUAAGCACUGUAUCAUUACCGCCUUUGAUGAACGUUUUUCACGUGUUGUAUUGAAAUAUGAAUCUUAUCACUAUUAAUAAAAGGUUUCUUUUUAAUAUACAUAUUGACUGUCAAUGUCAAUUUUCUAGUAUCCAUUUCGUUUACUAACUGCUGCUACGUAUUUGCUCUCUCUUUCUGCCCCACUCUUAAAUAUAUAUGUUGUCUUUGUUGCGUCAUCCUUCAAAACAAAAUGUACCACUAGUAGGUAUGUAAUUUUACCCGCAGUUUUAAGUUUUUGUCAUACUUCUAAACUGCUUUCGUAUUUAGGAAUGACGUAUUUAAAUAAUAAUACCUCCACUAAGAUAAAUGCCCGUUAAAACGUGUUAUCUCCAAAGAUACUUAGGAGAUACUUGGUGAUCACACGUUUUUAAAAUAUAAUUACACUAUUUAAAAAAAGUAACAAAAAAUCAUCUGAUAUCCAUUAAGAUUCCAGAUCUUAUUUUAUCAGUUAUUUUCUUUAUCAAUUUAUAUUAUAUGUGCACACACAGUAUUGAACAAUUAUACAAUUAUAAAUAUAAAUCAUAUUUCAAUACAAUACACACAUUGCUUUCAUUAGAAAAUCCUUGUAUUUUUGUUUUAAACUUAUUAAAAAUUAAGUCCGAAAUUGUAAAUUGUAUCAAGAAUUUUCAAAUAUAAAAAUAUAUUAUAUGAGUAAGUUACUGAA